AUGGCAGUCAAUAUCUGUGCUCAGUCUAUCUCUUCAGGAACUAGAGCCAAAGAUUGCAUUGUUUCUGGUACGAUGGAUUCCAAAUUUCUCAAUCGGCCUCUGUUAGCGUUUAUCAAUAUGAGUCUUCGGACAAGUCGAAUUCCAGCAUUGCUUGCCGUAGCAUCUCUAGAAGUCCAAAAGGUGCAUCGAUGUCAACGAUACAUAUUGUCUUCGAAUUAUCUCAACUUCCAGUGGACUCGAAUUCCUGGUGCAUCCUCUGAUGCAGAUCUAGAGGCAGAGUUGCUGUUCUUGCCGAUUUUUAGAAAUUUCGCUCCAAUUCCAAUUCCAAUUCCAAUGAUACAUUUUGAGGUUUAA